AGGACUUGCAUUUUCGGUAAACAACAUGGAAUCGAAAGUUAAAUAUUAGCUUCUUUAACUAUUUCUACUAGUUACUUUUGGUACCAAGAUGAUUUGUCCUGUCUUACAUGCCACAUUGAAACAAUCAUUGAGAAGAUAUCAGCUGAUCAGAUGUUGUUAUUGUACAAGUCCUAAGUUAUCAGAGACAAAUGGUACAAUUGAAUUGUUAGGGAAGACAUAUAAAACUGAUCAUGUUACAAAUAUUCGAUCAAGCUUAAUACCAAAAAUUGGAAUUGGUUUACAUAAUAUGAAACAUCAUCCUUUAAAUUUAUUGAAAAAACAAAUAGUUGAUUACUUUUACAAGAAUUUUAUAAAUCGACAGAAAAAUCCUGUGUUUUCUGUAUAUGACAGUAUCAGCCCAGUUGUAACGUUACAUCAGAAUUUUGAUAGUUUAUUAGUGCCUGAGGAUCAUGUCAGUAGGAAACUGUCUGAGAGUUUUUAUCUGAAUUCUGAGUACAUGUUACGUGCCCAUACAUCAUCACAUCAAAGUGAUUUAAUAAGAACUGGACUGAACGCCUUCCUUGUAUUUGGUGAUGUGUAUAGGAGGGAUGCUAUUGAUUCAAGUCAUUAUCCAAUAUUCCACCAGGCAGAAGGAGUAAGACUCUAUAGGGGCCAGGAGCUUUUUUCUAAAAUGAACAUCACUGGGGAUUACCAGAUAUUUGAAAAUGGUGAAAAAACUGAAACCAAACAGCCAUUGCACACGAAAGAAGCUGUGAUGAUCCUGGAACAUGAACUAAAAUCUACUUUAGAAAAUCUGGCUUUUGAGUUGUUUGGAAAAGAUGUAGAAACACAAUGGGUUGAUGCUUAUUUCCCAUUUACCCAUCCCUCCUGGGAACUAGAGAUUAAAUUUCAAGGAGAAUGGUUAGAGGUGUUGGGUUGUGGCAUCAUGGAGCAAGAACUUCUAACUGCAGCUGGUGCAGGAGAUCAGAUAGGAUGGGCCUUUGGUUUAGGAUUAGAACGUUUAGCAAUGAGACUAUACAGUAUUCCAGACAUAAGACAGUUUUGGAGAUACAAUGACACUGGAUUUAUGUCACAGUUUGCUGUAAAGGAUCCUAGUACACCAAUUAAAUAUAAGGAAGUCAGCAGCUAUCCACAGAGAAUAUACAACAUGUCUUUCUGGAUAACAGAUGGAUAUAGUGAGAAUGAUUUUUACGAUUUGGUGCGGAAUGUGGGGGGUGAUGUAGUAGAACAAGUCCGUCUCACUGACAAUUUUUAUCAUCCAAAGAUGAAGAGACAUUCACAUUGUUAUGAGAUAGUAUAUAGAGACAUGAGUAAGUCCCUGUCAAAAGAAGAGGCAAAUAUAAUACACAAACAAAUAGGAGAGGCAGCAAGCAAGGAACUUGGGGUAGAAAAUAGAUGGAAUUUAUAAUACAUUGUAUGUUGAUUAAAGAAAUCUCAUGAAAUGCUGAA